CGACAGUAAAAGAGGAAGAAGAAGAAGAAGAAAACGAAGAAGCGUUCGCUAGCAUACAUAAGCAAGUAUCAUACCAAGUGCAAGUUAAAAAAAUGUCCAUUGUUUUUGUGCCAAAGAAACUACGAGGGACGGCAAAAAUUAACCAAGAGACAAUACAAAGGUUGCUGGAUGAAAACGACCAGUUAGUUAGAUGCAUCACCGAAUACAUGCAGAAAGGACGAGCAGUGGAGUGUGUACAAUAUCAACAGUUCCUGCACCGCAACAUCGUCUAUCUGGCCACCAUAGCUGAUGCCAGUUCAGACAACACACCCCCCUCUUCAAAUUCUACAUCUAAUGAAACCUCAGCCUCCACACCAGCUGUGAACGGGCACGAGGGGACGUGAUGUCAGUGGAGUGGGGAUGUAUCGUCAGCUUUUGACACAAAACUGGUUUUACGUCACAUGAAAAUAUAUUUUUGUUACUGUUUUCAGUAAUGUUGUCCAUUUCGGGAGCACUGGUGUUUCAGUUCAGCAAUGUUAUAGUGUUUAUAUUAAAUCAGUGAAUACAAAUU